AUGCCGACCCAACUCAGCGACCCGAAAGAGUACCAGAACAUCUUCCACUGGGCCGAGACCCAGAAGAAUGGGGAGAUACCAUCUUUCGGCUCCAGGAAAAAUGAUCCCUACACGUACCAGCCCGGGUUUGGCAACCACUUCGAAUCUGAGGCGGUGCCUGGCACCAUUCCUCAGGGCCAGAACAGCCCCCGCCAUGUGCGCUUCGGCCUAUAUGCAGAGCAGAUGACCGGCACCGCCUUUGUAGCCCCCAGGCACACGAACAAGCGCUCCUGGCUCUACCGAGCGCGCCCGGCCGUCGCGCAUCAAGGCUUCACCGAUCUGCCAGACCUGAAAGACACAGAGGCGAACUUCCUGACCAUCAAUCCGCGGGUGCACAUUUCGCCCACGCAGCUGGCCUGGCUGCCGUUCGACGUCCCCCCCGAGGGCGAGCCCACGGACUUCGUGACCGGCCUCAAGACGGUGGCGGGCAGCGGUGACCCCACGCUGCGCGAAGGACUAGCCACGCACGUCUACCUCGCCAACAAGAGCAUGGAGAAGAAAGCCUUCGUCAACAGCGAUGGCGAGAUGCUCAUCGUGCCGCAGCAAGGCGCGCUAGAUAUCCAAACCGAAUUCGGCCACCUAUACGUCCAACCCGGCGAAAUCUGCGUCAUCCAGCGCGGUCAGCGCUUCAAGGUGAAAAUCGACCAGCCCUCGCGCGGCUACAUCCUCGAGAUCUGGGGCUCGUCCUGGGAGCUGCCCGCCCUCGGACCCCUCGGCGCCAACGGCCUCGCCAACCCCCGCGACUUCCAGCACCCCGUCGCGAGCUACGAAGUCACGCGCGACGACCCCUGGGAAAUCGUAUACAAACUGGGCGGCAAGUUCUUCCGCAGCACCCAGAACCACGGGCCCUUCGACGUCGUGGCGUGGCACGGCAACUACGUCCCGUUCAAGUACGACCUCACCAAGUUCGUCAACGUCGGCAGCAUCUCCGUCGACCACAUCGACCCGAGCAUAUUCUGCGUCUUGACCGCGCCGUCGCGCGACCCCGCCGCGCCCCUGGCCGACUUCCUCAUCUUCAGCCCGCGCUGGGACGUCGCGAGCCACACCUAUCGGCCCCCGUACUACCACCGCAACGUGGCGUCGGAGCUCAUGGGCCUGAUUUACGGCGACUACGGCGGCCGGUCGGACGCGUUCCAGCCGGGGAGCAUCUCGUUCGAGUGCGGCAUGGUGCCGCACGGCGUCGCGUACGAGCAGUUCAAGGCCGCGUCGGAGAACGAGCAGCCGCAGGUGCAGAUAUCGCUGGCCAGCAUCGCCUUCAUGUUCGAGAGCAGCCGCCCCUUUACCAUCACCGACUACGCGUGGACCAGCGGGAAGAAGCACGAGCAUGAGCCCAAGAUGUGGGAUGAUCUGGUGGAUAAUUUUUCGAGCUACAAGGAUGAGGUGGAGGGGAUCUUGGCGAGGAAGGCGGAGGGGUUGAAGAUUCGUUGA